CGACCCCACGCUGCGCGUCUGAGUUGACACAUGCUGCAGAUUCUUGUCCUGUUUUACAUCCAUAAUGCAUGUUUUUAAAGUCAUCUUGAGAUUAUUCAUAGUUGCGGUCACUUCGGCGCUGGUUGUUUUGCUAUUGCAACAUUGGUUGGCAACCAAAGAGUAUGUUUUUAACAAGGAAGACGUCGCCAAGUUAGCUAAACAGUAUGCAGGACAAGAUCAUGACCAAGCCUUCGCCAAAGUGGUAGUGGAGCUUAGGAAAAGGUAUCCUGGUCACAUCCUGCCUGAUGAAGACCUGCAGUGGGUGUUUGUCAAUGCUGGAGGUUGGAUGGGUUCCAUGUGUGUUCUCCACGCCUCACUUACAGAGUAUCUGUUGCUCUUUGGAACUGCGGUAGACACUGGAGGACACUCAGGUCGGUAUUGGGCAGAGAUUUCUGACACCAUCAUCUCAGGAACCUUCAGACAGUGGAAAGAGGGAACAACAAAGAGUGAACUCUACUAUCCUGGGGACGUUAUCGUGCACACCAUAGGGGAGGCCACUUCCGUCCAAUGGAGCGCUGGGACUUGGAUGGUGGAGUAUGGCCAGGGAUUCAUCCCGUCUACUCUGGGUUUCGCUUUGGCAGACACCCUGUUUAGCACUCAGGACUUUGUAACUAUGUUCUACAUUUUCCGUGUUUACGCAAAAGCCUUGCUUUUAGAGGCCGGAACCUAUUUCACUGAGUCAGGAGUGUUCUGAAGCUGGAGGCUGAAAGACAUUGCGCAUGGAAUUAGUAACGCUGAGGUUUGGUUUGUAGUCACGCGCACACUGCCAACCUCUGGAAGAGUGAUGGAGAAUUUAAAGUGUUGCUGCUUUUUUUAAAUUGUCUACAUGUCAUUAAAGUACUAAAAACCCAAGUGUAUACAAAAAAUAAGUCUCUGACUGCUACGGAACUAUUCGUAGAUUACCCACUAAGUGCUGUUUUGUCUGUCAUCCCCUGACUGCUACAACAUUCAGAGGACUGUUGUUGAAAUUCAUUCGUCUGUAAUUGCUACCUCCUCGUGAGAUUAACUCUUGUUUCUUGUCCGUUGUCCCACUGUGGAAUCUGAUUAGAGGACCAUGCACAUACAGUAGCACAGGUCAUCAAAAGAACAAUUUAAAUUCAGAUCUGACUCUAAAACUGAGCUCAUCCAUGACACACCAUGUUUGUCUUUCAGGCCAAAGGUGAGUGGUUCAUUUCAAAUGGACGUGAAAGUACACAAAUACACUAAUCAUUGCUGUUGUGUGCAUUUUACUGUAAAGAAAAUCUGGUAGUGAUGAUGUGGAAGAAAUAAAAUAUA